AGAUCUGACGCUACACCGGAAGUGAGGACGGCGGGGCGGCGAUGGCGAUCGUUUCUUGGGUGGGGAAUCAUGUGAUCGAGAGUUAAAGGGAAGCGGCCGCUGUCAUCUGGGUAUUUUUGUGAGGAAUUCCGGAAGAAGCGGGCGGCCCGUUGGACCCUGGGGAACCUUGACAGUACAUCUGAUUACUUUUUUUCCAAAAGUUUCUAAACAUGGCUGACGACCUGAAAAGGUUUCUGUACAAAAAAUUACCAAGUGUUGAAGGUCUUCAUGCUAUUUUAGUGUCAGACAGAGAUGGUGUGCCUGUUAUCAAAGUUGCCAAUGAUAAUGCUCCAGAGCAUGCACUUAGACCUGGUUUCUUGUCCACCUUUGCACUUGCGACAGACCAGGGCAGCAAACUAGGACUUUCAAAAAACAAGAGUAUCAUCUGUUACUACAACACAUACCAGGUGGUCCAGUUCAAUCGGUUACCUUUGGUAGUAAGUUUCAUUGCUAGCAGCAAUGCCAAUACCGGACUGAUCGUCAGCUUAGAGAAGGAGCUUGCUCCCUUGUUUGAAGAGUUGAGGCAGGUUGUAGAGGUUUCUUAACCUGAUGGUGUCAUCAAAGUUCGGCAUCUCUUCACUACACAAUGGGACAUAAAGAUUCAAUAAUUCUCAGCCCACAAAAUAACAAAUGUUUGAGAGGAAAUAUCACUUCCCCCUAUUGUACUAAAUAAGAUUAAAUUUGUACAUAGUGCUGAAUCGGAAAUGAGCUACUAGUGUGUUGUAGAUAGACUCUUUGGCCACAUGUCUUGUAUUGUGCAGUACUGGAGAGACCAGCAAAUGGCUCCAGUGGAGCCCUUACUAAGGAUCAGGUUUAACAGAGUUGACCGGUAUCCGCAUACUGUCAGUCCAGAUAAGUGACCCACAGCUCCCUUGCUGUACAGGAAAUGAAGCAUUGAGUAGGGUUUACCCUCUCACUAGCCACCACUACAUAGUGGGGAAGUAGAAUUAAUUUUCAUUGUCUUCAUUGCUUCUUUGCAUGUGCUAGGAAAAAGAGAAAAUAUGCUGGCAGUCCUAGCAGUACAAUCAAUAAUUAUCCCAUGUUUUUUUUAUUUUUGUGAUGCUUCGGUAAAGGAAUACUACUAAUCUGAAUGUGAGCUUCCUUGGUAUAGAAGAAGGAUGCUGCUAUUUCUAUAUAAAUUACGGCUUCAAGCGUUUUCCUUAUUACUGGGUACAAGUGCCCAAUCAGUGUUGCACUUUCUUGUAUUUCUUUUGUACAGUGUAGGUGUGAUACCCAUGGUUGUCUUUUGUUCUGGUAUUUGUGGCUAUGUUAGUGGUAACACUUGAUCUGCUCAUUUAUUUUUAGGUUUUCCUAAGUAAAUGUCUAAAUAAAACAAUAUUUUUUAAAAUGUUGUAACCUGAUCCAUUUUUAUAACUGUCCUAAAAUAUUGCUGGUAAACCUAAUUUUCCAUGCAGAUAAUAGUCUCCCUUGUUGCUUUAUAAAUGUACAACUUGGAUAAUUUAUGGGCUGAAAAAUAACCUGUGUGGAUCUCAUUUAGGUCUCAUCAUUUUUGAAUUUCUACAUUUGUAUAAAAACUUGCAUCAUUUGCUGUCAAAUGUCAAUCUCUACACGUGUUGGCUUCCUAUAAGUAAAAACACUUGGGGCU